GUGAGCAACAAUCGCUCCUGGAGUUUGGGUUUUUUUGAACAGCGCGAGUCCAUCAAAAGGCGUUUCUAAUGCAAAGGGACUGAACCGAGACAUUUUGCAAAGUUCAGGGUCUCCCGCCCCCCCUCCUCCUCCGGGCCGCGCCAUCUGCUCCCGAUCCCCCCGGAGCGAGCGCAUUUUGGGGAGAUGGCGAUGCUGCUCGAUGGUGGCCCCCAGUUCCCCACGCUGGGGGUGGGUGGUUUCGGGAGCCCCCGGCACCAUGACAUGCCCAGCCGAGAGCCGGCACUGGGGCUCGGUCCCUUCUGCGACUCGCCUCACCCUGGAGCCUUCAAACUCAGCCCGGGGGCUCACGAGAUCUCGGCCAGUCCAGACCUCCGCUUUCACCCGCAGGGAUCGGGCUACACCGCAGCCUUGGCUCCUCACGCCGGCCAGGUUGGCUCCUACGGCGGGACGCCGUUCAACGCCAGCCGGGAGUUCCUGUUCCGCAACCGGAGCGGCGCUAUCGGGGACUCUGCUCCCGCGGGCUCCCAGCACGGCCUGUUCACCUCGCCCGCCGGGGGGAUGCACGGACCCGCGGGCAUGCCGGACGCCCCGGGACACCUCCUGUUCCCAGGACUCCACGAACAGAGCUCCGGCCACUCGCCCGCCGCCGGACACGUCGUGAACAGCCAGAUGCGCCUGGGCUUACACGGUGAGCUGUUCGGGAGGGCAGACCCUUACCGGGGCGUGAGCAGCCCGCGGACCGAGCCCUACUCGGCAGCGCAGCUCCACAACUACAACCCGAUGAACAUGACUGUGGAUGACGUGACGGGGCACCAGGGACCCGGCGCUUUCUUCCGCUACAUGAGGCAACCAUCAAACAGGGAAUUGCCCUGCAAGUGGAUGGACGAGGUUCAGUCCAACCACAAAACCACUUGCGAGCGGACUUUCGGCAGCAUGCACGAGUUGGUGGCCCACCUGGCCGUGGAACACGUCGGCGGACCCGAGCACACCAAUCACAUCUGCUACUGGGAACACUGCUCCAGGGCGGGCAAGUCCUUAGGCCAAUACAAAUUGAUCAACCACAUCCGGGUGCACACGGGCGAGAAACUUCCCUGUCCCUUCCCGGGAUGUGGGAAAAUAUUCGCCAGGUCGGAAAACCUCAAGAUCCACAAGCGGACGCACACAGGUGAGAAGCCGUUCAAGUGUGAGUUUGAGGGCUGUGAUAGGCGAUUCGCCAACAGCAGCGACCGCAAGAAGCACAUGCAUGUUCACACAUCAGACAAGCCGUACAUCUGCAGAAUGUGUGACAAGUCGUACACACAUCCCAGCUCCCUUCGGAAACACAUGAAGGUUCACGAAUCUCAGGGUUCGGAUUCCUCCCCCGCGCCCAGCUCCGGCUACGAAUCGUCCACACCCCCAGCACUGCUCUCCUCAAACACAGAAGAUCCCAGCAAGAGUGCGGCGCCGGUCGCACAGAACAAUCCCAACCACAAUCCGCCGCUGCCGCCGAAUUUUAACGAGUGGUACGUGUGAGGGACGGACGGAGGGGGGGUCCGCGGACGUAUCCGACGGCUCGCCACCUCGGACCUGUUGAAACUUUACAGAAAGAAGCAAAUAACCGCGUCCCGGCAAAGCGCUGCGGGAGGGAAACGGCUGGUGGUCGGCGCCGGCUCCAAGGCGAAAGUUGUGCCGGUCGGCACCGAGAGCAGACUCAGGAUUUCAACCGGCUGCAUCGGCGCUCGAGAGGUGAUGAUUUUUUUUCGUUGUUUUGCCGGAUUUUUUUUGGUGGGGGUGGGGAACUCGCGUUGGCCAUUCCACGUGAAUCUAUGGCACCUCAAAGGUGACGGCUGUGAAAUCCAGACGGUCUUAAAAGAAAGUGCCAAAGUCCUGUUAUGUCUUGAAGUUAAAAGAAUCCUUGUGAAUGUAUUUCCUGUCCGGUUGGGUCAAAGCUGUUUUGGUGUCAUGGUUUUCACAGGUUGCGCUGCGUGUUACCAGUGCAGCUGUGUGAAAGUUAACGUUGCCUUUUUUUUGUAACAACUAUUUUCUGUAAAUAUACAUAUUCAUGAUGUCAUAUUUAUCACUUUGUAAUUUAAUUGUCGAUAUUUACGUGACACGCUGAAACAAUAUUUAUGAAGAAUUGU